GGUUCGGUAUAAAUAUCGUCCAAAAGAGAUUUUUAUUUUUAUUUUGCAAAGAUUUUUGUUUAUCUAAAAAAUCUCUCGUCGCUUUAGCUUCUCCACUUUUUAAGCAAGUAUAUGAGUUUGGUAGAGAUGGGUGGUGAUUUGAUGGAAGAUGAUUGGGAAUUUGCGGCGUCGUCGAACCUUAACCGAACCCUAGUUCUUGUCGGACGUACUGGGAACGGAAAGAGUUCAACAGGGAAUAGUAUCCUUGGGAGGAAAGCUUUUAAGUCGAGAGUUAGAACUGUUGGAGUGACUAGCACGUGCGAGUCACAGAGAGUUGUUCGAGAUGAUGGUGAGAUCAUUAAUGUGGUUGAUACUCCUGGUUUGUUUGAUGUGUCCACUGCAGCCGAUUUUAUCGGUAAGGAGAUUGUGAGGUGUAUAAGUUUGGCUGAAGAUGGGAUUCAUGCGAUCUUGUUGGUGUUUUCUGUGAGGCGGCUUGGUGAAGAGGAGAAAACUGUGCUUAGUUUCUUGCAAGCGCUGUUCGGUAGUAAAAUCGCUGAUUAUAUGAUUGUUGUUUUUACCGGUGGUGAUGAGUUGGAAGAGAAUGAUGAGACCAUGGAGGACUAUUUAGCUGACGCCUGCCCUGACUUUCUCAAAGAAAUUCUUGAGCUAUGUGACAAUCGGGUUAUAUUGUUUAAUAACAAGACUAGCAAUAAGGCCAAGAAAGCUGAACAACUUGAGAAGCUUCUUUCACUUGUUGAAUCUGUUGUUAAACAUAACAAUGGUAGACCGUACACAGAUGAGUUGUUCCACGAGCUACAGGAAGAGGGUAUCAAGCUAAGGGAGCAGAAAAAGGAGGUUGAAGCGCUUAAGGGUUACUCAAACAAUGAGAUAUCUGAGUUCAAGAAGCAAAUCGAUAUGUCUUAUGACCGGCAGCUUACCCGUAUCACAGAGAUGGUGGAGAAAAAACUGAGAGAAACAGCAAAGAGGCUGGAGCAGCAACUGGGUGAAGAGCAAGCCGCAAGACUUGAAGCGGAAAAGAGGGCUAACGAAGUUCAGAAACGGUCAAGCGAUGAGAUUAAGAAGCUGAGAGAGAAUCUGGAGAGGGCUGAAAAAGAGACAAAAGAGCUCCAGAAAAAACUGGGAAAGUGCAUCAAUCUGUGAGAUGCUGAAUUCUGAAGCUUCAGUGAAAUCUGAUAAGGGUUUCAUAUGGUUUUUAGGUUUUAUCAUCAAAGUCUUAGUUGUGAAAACAUAGUAAUACUUAUGUAUAUUUUCCAUCUUUAUUCUCCUCCAAUGUCAUGGACCAAAGUUCAUUCUUUUCUUUUUAUUUUAUAUUUUGGUGGAACUUUAUUUAUUUGGUUUUCAA